GAACAUAAACACGAAGCAGCUGUAUAUAUAAGUUAAAAGAAGUCAAGAAACACGAGAAGGACUGAGUCGGGAAAACGUAACCAGAAACGGAGGCGUUGAGAACAAGACCUUUAACAGAUCGAUUGUUCUAAUAUUUGACAGGUUGUGCACACCUCUAGCUGCAAUGCAUGCUUGGUAUUAACAAACAAAACUCAUUCAUGACUCAUUCAUCUGCUCUCUCACUAUCAGGGAUGAGUGAUACAGACACCAGCAGAAUAAAAACUGAAGAUGUUCCAGAACAAAGAGAUCUAAUGGAAGUGAAAGAAACAUCAGUUUGUCCUCAUUGUGGAAAUGGAUUUGAAAGUGAAGAGCAGCUUGUGAAGCACAUAAGAAUCCACACUGGAAAAAAGCCUUUCACCUGCCCUCAGUGUGAAAAACAUUUCUCAAGCCAAAGAAGACUUACUGCUCACAUGAAAAUCCACAUUGAAGAGCGUCCAUACACAUGUGAUGAGUGUGGAAAGAGUUUUGCACUAAAACUUAAUUUUCAAGCUCACAUGAGAGUUCACACUGGAGAACACCCAUACACAUGUGUUCAGUGUGGAAAGAGUUUUGCAGAGAAAAGAAAUCUUGAUAACCACAUGAAAAUUCACACUGGAGAGCGUCCAUACACGUGUGAUCAUUGUGGAAAGAGUUUCAUACAAAAAAAAAAUGUUGUGGUCCACAUGAGAACUCACACUGGAGAGCGGCCAUACACAUGUGUUCAUUGUGGAAAGAGUUUUACAGUGAAGACAAAUCUUGAUUACCACAUGAGAAUUCAUAGUGGAGAGCGACCAUACACAUGUGAUGAGUGUGGAAAGAGUUUCACACAAAAAAAACAUCUUGUUGUCCACAUGAGAGUUCACACUGGAGAACGCCCGUACACAUGUGUUCAGUGUGGAAAGAGUUUCGUAAGAAAAAGCAUUCUUGAUGCCCACAUGAGACUUCACACUGGAGAGCGUCCAUACACAUGUGUUCAGUGUGGAAAGAGUUUUGCAGAUAAAAGCAAUCUUGAAACCCACGUUAGAACUCAUACUGGAGUGUGUCCAUACAAAUGUCCUCAGUGUGGAAAGAGUUUUGCACAAAAAAAAUGUCUUGAUGUCCACAUAAGAUAUCACACUGGAGAGCGCCCAUACACCUGUUCUCAGUGCGGAAAGAGUUUCAUACAAAAAAUCAGCCUCGAUAUCCACAUGAGAGUUCACACUGGAGAGCGUCCAUACAUGUGUGUUCACUGUGAAAAGAGUUUCACAGAUAAAAGAAAUCUUAAUACCCACAUGAGGAUUCACAGUGGAGAGCGUCCAUACACAUGUGGUCAGUGUGGAAAGAGUUUCGUACAAAAAAACAGUCUUUAUGUCCAUAUGAGAACUCACAGUGGAGAACGCCCAUACACAUGUGUACAGUGUGAAAAGAGUUUUAGAUACAAAAGAAAUCUUGUGGACCACAUGAAGGUUCACAUUAAAGAACGUCCACACACCUGUACAGAAACAGGAAAUUAGUCUUAAGAAACACAAGCUCGAAUUCAUGCUGAAGAAAGACUGUACACGUGUCUGGGGUGUUGAAGGAGUUUGCCAAAUAAAGGAAAACAUACUUAAGAUGUGAGUGACAUGUCUAGUCUGAUUUGUUAAAAAUACAUUUGUAGAAAAAAACCUGUAUCUAGUAGUUUUUUUGUUGUUUUAUCAUUCUAGAAUUGUUUGAGCCUAAGCAAAGUAUGUCUAAAGGACGUCAUUUCUAUGUCGUUGUCGAGGUUGAAAAGAAGUUGAAAAGUUUUUCUACAACUUUUUAAAACAUCCACUGAAUGUCUGAUAUUGACGUCCAAUGGACCUCUGUACAAAAUUAAACUGUUUCAGAUGUGGAGCUUCCAGACAAAUUUCAGUUUUCACAUGGAGAUAAAUCAUUAGAUGAGACUGUUUGAAAUAAACUGAGUUGUUGAUUUGU